GUGGGCGGGGCCUCGUGUGCGCAGGCGCAGUUCGCUGGGAUUAAUUGGCGAAACGCGACUGUUUCACUUACGUGAAAACAAUUUACGACAGCUCCGCCGGCGGCUCUGGUUGCUGUGGAGAGGCUGCGGGUGGCCAGCCGAGCCCCGGUCACACCGGCGGAUUACUGUACGACCAGCAAAUUCCACUUUUCUCAGCAUGGAGGCAGAACAGAUUAUGGAAGGACAGCCUCAGGUUCCAGAAAAUCCCCAUUCUGAAUAUGGUCUUACUGAAAAUGUAGAGAGGAUAGUAGAAAAUGAGAAAAUAAAUGCAGAGAAGACAUCAAAGCAGAAGGUGGAUCUUCAGUCACUACCCACACGUGCCUACUUAGAUCAGACAGUUGUACCUAUCUUGCUACAGGGACUUGCUGUUCUUGCAAAAGAGAGACCACCAAAUCCCAUUGAAUUUCUAGCAGCAUAUCUUUUAAAAAACAAGUCACAAUUUGAGGACCGAAAUUAACUCCAUAAAAAUGAGGACAAUUUGUCUGCUAGACUGAAAUGCUCAUUUGCCGCAAUUUGUUUUCUGCUGUAAAAGUCCUUUGGAACCAUGAUGUUGUCUUUCUUAAUAGCACAAUUUACUUUACCUUUUGAGUUAUUUAAUAAAGAACACUUUACAUUUCAUUUGUUCGCUUGUUUUAGACCAGCUAUUAAGAGACUUUCAAAAUAAAGUACUGAAACUACA